AAAUUGUCAGCAUCAGACGGACGUCAUGGCAACAAGCCGGAGAGGGCGUAACUACUGCAAGCAGAGGGGCUGAUGAAUCACAUUAGGAGUAUGUUAUGCAGGAGAGCGGCGAGAGAUCUGCAAACACAUUUAAUAGCAAGCACAUAUUUCUAAACGUUUGACGUUGUUUCCCAGCACAAAUGCACUGAGGAAAAGCUUCACAUUUACGACAGUUGUAUGGUGUAUAAAUAGAAGAUGGCACCGUCGGGCUCGAGCAGCAUUAAAAGAAGCUGUCGGAGAGUUUUAUACUGGAUCCCAGUUCUUUUUAUCACCAUGAUAGUCGGUUGGUCCUACUACGCAUAUGUUAUCCAGCUCUGCAUAGGGUCUAUAACAAAUAUUGGAGAAAAGGUUGUUUGCGUAGUGGCGUAUCAUCUUUUUUUCAUCAUGUUUUCCUGGGCCUACUGGAAAACAAUUUUCACAACGCCAAUGAAUCCAUCAAAAGAGUUUCAUCUGUCAUAUACAGACAGGGAAAUACUGGAGAGAGAGGAACGGGGAGAGACCCAGCAAGAGGUUCUCAGAAGGAUAGCCAAGGAUUUACCCAUCUAUACAAGGACAUUGUCUGGAGCUAUAAGAUACUGUGAUCGAUGUCAGCUUGUGAAGCCAGACCGAUGCCAUCAUUGUUCUGUCUGUGAUAAAUGUAUUUUAAAGAUGGAUCAUCAUUGUCCCUGGGUGAACAAUUGCGUAGGAUUCUCCAACUACAAGUUUUUCCUGCUUUUUCUAGCAUAUUCUCUGCUCUACUGCCUUUUCAUUGCUGCUACAGACUUGCAAUACUUCAUCAAAUUCUGGACCGCUGAUGGUAAUGCACAUAGGCGUCUUAAAGAAUACUGGAACGGCCUGCCUGACACCCAAGCCAAAUUCCACAUCAUGUUUCUGUUCUUCUCUGCCGCCAUGUUUUCUAUAAGCCUGGCCUCAUUAUUUGGAUACCACUGCUGGCUGGUUAGUAAGAACAGGUCAACUCUCGAAGCCUUCAGAGCGCCUGCAUUUCGUCAUGGAGCAGACAAAAAUGGUUUCAGCCUUGGUUUUGGCAAAAAUCUCAGGCAGGUGUUUGGUGAUGAGAAGAAAUAUUGGUUUCUGCCUGUUUUCUCAAGCUUGGGUGAUGGUUGCUCAUUCCCAACAUGUCUUGUAAACCAGGAUCCAGAGCAGCCCUCAACUCCUGCUGGUCUCAAUACAACGGUCAAAAGUGUUGGAGAUGCCAGUCCUUUCCCUGCCAAACCUUUACGAGAAUCUCAAAGCCGUCUGCUCAUUAGUGGUCAGUCCUGGACAGAGAGUGAUGGUGGGCACGAAGAGGACAAACAUGGUACAAGCAACCCAGCAAUGGUGAUCGAAAAUGAAACCUAGCUGCAACAAGCAAAUGCCUAAAUCUGGAAAAUAAAGAAUGUACCACUAAGGGAAGACAGAACGUGAAGUCUUAUUCUACCAGAAGUGGUCCUCACUUGCCCACUGUCUUAUCUUUGCCUGUGUGGGUGUGCAGCAAAGACAGCAUUCCAGCAUCUGAUUGGCUCUUCAUAUCACUGCUCAAUACAUAAGACAUUUGUAAUGCACUUUUAUUAUCGUAUUGAGGUUUUUAUAAUAAUAAAGUAUCAGAGAUCGCUUGCAGAUCUAAUGCAUUUUUAGAAAGCUUAGCAAGAGCAAUCUGUUAGUCAGUUUGAAAAGGAGAGGGCUGUGAGAGUAACCCCAUGUAUUUUACAGUAGUUAUGGGGAACAAGUAGCAUUUCCAGUUAAUUACAGACUCAGACUGGUAUAGACAUUGUAAAAGCACAGUAACUUGUUUAAUUCUGCAGCAAAAAUGCAAUCACUGCUCUCUAUCAGAUACAGAUUUGGAUGCCAUUAAAAUGUAGCUUUUAUAUUCGUUCCAAUGCAUUUCUUACCAAAGAUAUUUGGUUAUUGGAACUCGUAAGUACUAUUCUUAAUUGAAUGAACAAGAUAAUGAAUAUUGCUUGGAAUAAUUUUUUUUUUUAUUGGUACUUUUAUUAAACAUUUAAAAAAGGCGGUUUUGACUAGGAGAUAAAAAAUUAAAAACUUAACAUCUGUAUUGUAAAAUACAGUACUGGUAAACAAAUACUGUGCUAAUACAUGGACAAUUAUCCAGAAAUAUAAUGAGGGUGGAGAAAUAUUAUAGGUCGUUUUUGAAGACCAGUCUUUUGGGGGGGUGGGGGGGUCACAUUUCAGAGGACUAAACUUUUUUUUUUUUUUUUUUGCUGCUUAAUCUUCAGUAUAUUUUUAGUUUUCCCUUUCAGAAUUUAAAUAUAGUAGUAUAGAUCUUUAGUCUGUUUCAGAAAAACACAUCACAUGUUCAAUAUAGACCAAGAGUGGCCAAUUCCUUUCCUGCGGUGGCCAUACCACUUCCGGUUUAAUAGGAACAAUUAAAUUAACUGUGUUAGUGCCUGGAUGGAGGUUCAAUUGUGUUGAAACAGAGACUUGGAGGACCACCUUGGCCCACCAACGAUAUAUACCAAUCGAGUAUAAUUGGUUUCACUCUAAAUUAUGUUUUGGUGAUCUUAAACAUGUGAUCGUGGUACACUGUAGCUUUAAGCAGAAUUGUUUAUUUCAAGAAUAACAAAGAGAAACACAAAAUGGGAAGUGGUUGUCUAAAAGGUAUCCAAUGCUAAGAACCCUUUUCAGGUAUAGACAAGUUGAAGCAUGUCACAUUGAGAAGCUUUAAAAUUGGUCUUUCAGCUACAUUACAGUGUGUUUAAUGUGAAAAGCUGAAAUAUCCUAAAUUGCAGUGUUUGAGUGUUUAAAUGAGGGAUGUUAUUAAGGUUGUGGUCAUAUCAUAGGCAGUCUAGUUUUAGACAGGUCUCAAGGGGGGUUCGCUACAUCUGCUGUAUGAACCUUCCUUUGUUAUAAAGAUGACCCCCCCCCCCCCCCCCCCCCCUUCCCGUUUUCUGACCACUGCCUAAAAUUACAUUAGAAAUAGGUAAAACAUAGUUGAUGUGUCUGCUGUAGAAUGCUGCGUCAUUAAGUUGUAAAAUCCUGUUUCAUGUUUUACAUAUUUAUGCUUUUAGCGUUAAUGAAAUAGAUGUAUUAUGUACACAGUAUUAUCUAUUUUUAUAUUAUUUAAUUUGGAGUUGAAAUGCAACCUUUUUUUCCCCCAAAAAAUAGUAGGCUUUUUCUCUCCUGUGUUAAUGACAGUGUAAAACAAACAUGUGUAUGCCUUCUCAAGAACAAAAACUAAUAAACCACUGCAUUACAA